AUGGAUUCACCAACCGAGAAGGCUGCCUACCUCAUCAACCUUCUCAACACCAAAGGACAAGAAGACUACAUCGGAGAAUCGAUCUCACAGUUGGAACAUUCCUUACAGGCUGCACACCAAGCUGGAGCCAACAACGCCGACGAUGAAACAGUGAUCGCUGCAUUACUGCAUGACAUUGGUCAUUUCUUGCCAGCAAGUGAAGUCCAGACAAUCGCUCGCACGGUGCGGAAAAUGAGUGAUUUCUCUGGUGGAGAUGUUGGCCGAGUGGGACAUGAGCGUAUCGGUGAAGAAUAUCUCCUACGCCUGGGCUUUUCGAAAAAAGUAGGAUCUCUAGUAGGGUCGCACGUGGCGGCAAAAAGAUAUCUCUGCGCCACUGAUGCUGCCUAUUACGACACCCUUUCUGAAGCAAGUAAGAAAUCCUUGAUCUUCCAGGGCGGCCCGAUGAAGGAUGAUGAGCUGGCAGAAUGGGCGACGAGUCCGUGGUGUGAGGAGAUGUGCCAGCUUCGAAAAUGGGACGACGCUGCAAAAGUUGUGGGUUUGCAAGUCAAGCCCGCAGCUGCGUAUGAAUCCAGUCUUAUUCGUCUGCUAUCAUUCUGA